AUGGUCGUGGAGACUGGAGCUGAAAGGGGCGAAGAUCGCGUGCUCCACCAAUAUACAGAAUUCCACACUUACCAUGCACGACUCUUGGACGCACAGGGCGUGCACGACAACCACGCUCCCGGGUGGCUGCGAGAAAAGGGCUGUCGCGGUGGCUAUGGGGCACGUCGUGGUUGUGCAACGUCGCCUGCGACGGCCAGUGGUGGGCGCACAAGAUACGGCGUGACCACACGGCAGGUUGCGGUCGACGUCGUGGUCGCUGCGGUCGCUGCGGUCGUUGCUCCUGCGCGUCAAGCCUCAGUGCCACCGCACCUUGCACCACCCCGGCCAGCCGCCUCGCACAUGUCCCCAGCGUCGACCGCUGCCGUCUGCACACGCGCCUGCUGCCCGCCCCUGCCCACCCAAGCUCCCGGAUGCAGCGCCGCGCAGCGACUUGAUAAAAGUGCACCCCAACCCAGCACACCGCAGCACGACGCCCAGCAAUGGCACCCUCAGCGCGACGAGCCCACCAGUAAAGCUCACCGCGUGCUGGGCACCUCCGACGCUCCCAUGUUCCACUCCCGGUCUCGCCAGAACUCCACCGCGCCGGCCAGCCCCGCCUACAGGACUGCUGGCGUCUCGCCCGAGGCCUACCGUGACGACUGGGACGACCGGACGUCGGCCCCUGCAGCCGAGUACCCCAAACGGUCCAUCCUGUCGAAGCGCUCGUCGUCCAACAUUCUGGGGAACGCCAACAGCGGGACCGCGCGCCGGGGCUCUGACAACAGCACCGCCAGCUACCGUCUCCACCCCCAGGCCUCAAACUCCACCAUGCGUUCGCACUACGACGCAAAGAGCUCGCCGCUCUCCAUCUCCCAGCAGACAUCCAACUCUGCCGUCCGUGACAUGGCACUGAGGCGAGGGCAACCGCAGAUCAUCACAGACGGCCAUGCCCACUCCUACAGUAGCCACGAGGCGAGUCCAGUGUCGCCCUUGCUCGAUGUAGAGAGACGCAAAAGCAAGCCGGCGCGGUUGGACCUUUCGAAGCUCUUCCCGAAACCGAAAACUGGAGACGGCCAAAACCAUGCGCGUGCACUUCUCUCGCCGACCAAGAUGGUCAAUUCGCCGGCCGCCAUGUCCAUGAGCUCUGAGUAUUUUGCACAGCCUAUGACUCGGGAACCUACACCGGCACCCAAGGGACAUGCAACAUUGACCAGCUACGCGACGCGCCGACACGCUGAACAUGCACCGCCUCUGCCGAGCUCCCCAAAAAGAAUGUUCAAGCGCGACGAAUAUGACAGCGCCAAGGUACACGUCCGACGACCCCCGAAAGGCGUGCAACACUGGUUCGAUGCUCUUGACGAGGAUAGCGAUGAAGUAUCGGAGCCGUUCAGAGCGCCAGUACAUGCUCCACAAGCCCUGCGUCCCAGCUAUUCAUCCAAAGGACCCCUGCGGAAAACCUCUCUCAGUGGUAUCUAUGCAGAUCCUGCCCCUUCACAUCUCUCACCACGAGCACAGAAGUCGGUUCCAGGCCUCAGCAGUGCUACGUUCUCACACGAGGACAUGAUCGAUAUCCACGGACUGACCUCGCCGAGUGAAUACUCCCUACAGACGCAGACCUCGACCCAGACCAAGGAGUCGACCAUGUCAAAACACAAUCUCCAGGACUCGAGUUGCAUGUCAUUCUCAUCAUCCGAGGACGAAUAUGACGACGAUCGCCAAGCCCUUCGGAGAUUUGCAGUCCGGAAAAGUUUGAACAUUGACGACGACGCAGGCGAGAUCGUCUUUGGGCAGGCCCAGGCUUACGAAGUGCGACCGAACCGGGGUGCGGAGCGCAAGAUGAGCAUAAUGUCAACCUCGACAAGUGCUGCUACGAUAGACAUCAUGUACUCUCCCGAGCCGUUCUCUCCCCCCAACUUCUCGCGCGUCAGCAACUACAGCGGUAGUCGGCGCUCCAGCCACCUGCGGCAGCCUUCUGUCAUACUGGAGGACGAGGACGAUCGUCCGAGGACAGCUGUACACGCACCACACAGUUCAUCGGCAUACAGCAUUCGCAGCACACGUACUUCAGCCAGUGAACCUCAGCCUAGAACCUCGCUUGCAGCAGAACGCAAGAUGAUGGCCGUAACGCCCGAAGAGGAGGCUCUUCUGGAGCUGAUGCGCAAGAAGCGUGCCUCAAUGGCAAAGCAGAGCUCAAGUAGCAUCGCCAACACCUACACAGAGCACGAGGACCAGCGACAGAGGGCACUUGAAAUACUGCAAAGGACAGGUCGAACACCGGCGUCUUUCGCAACAGAGUCGCCAGUCUCCAGCCCUGUUCGGAUGGUGGAGAUGAAGUCCAAACGGAAGUCGUUAGCUGCGUCUUCAACCUCGUCGACGCACCUGACACCACCUCCUCGCGGGAGGCCAAUCAAGACUAACCAUGACGCGAAUAUGAUCAGCAGUCUUCGCGACAGCUCAGUCAGUGAUACUGAAGGCUUCAACUUCCCCACCGCUCGAGGUUCGCUACCGCACCGCAUUGCCACACCCGUCAGCUUUUCGCCGUUAGACCCUUUUCCUCCCAUGUCGCCCUCGCACACCGUCAGCGUCGCUUCUCCGACAACCAUCGGCCAUGUCUCACCACUUCCCUCGCCAAUCACGCCCGGUCCUCGUCUCGGCGAAACCCGGGAUACCGUGAAGAUCGCCAGCAGUGAUACCAGUGCCGACGGCGAAGAGGUUGUCGUGCUUGACACUGACCUGCCAGUACACAUCAUCAAGGCUGCGAGGUCUUUUGAACCUAUGGAGCCCAGCCACCAGCGAUGCCGCACAGCGUCGUCUGACGCAGAUAUGGCCUUUCCGAGCGUUGCGAGUAAUGCUUCCUCGCACUCAAAUACGUCAAGCUUGAAUGCACCGAGUUUGUUGACUGGGCGUGAGCGCUCCAGGCAUGCAAGUCGCGGCAGUAGUGCGGCCAGCAUGACACGCAGCAAGGCGAGGAACAGUGUCAGCGACGAUGUGCUUGCAGCUUGGGGCAGCCUUGGAGGCACCUACUGA